GGGGAACGGUGACCGGGUCCAGGCGCACACUCCGCGCAGGGGGGCGCCCUUCCCGCUUGCGAAGCCCGCCGCCCGCGCGCCUGGUCCCGCCCCCGCGCCCGGCGGAGCCGCCGCCAAGACACAGGGUCUCGCGGAGGGACACCGAGCCUUUUCCUCUUGCCUACACACAGCGAGCGCUUUCUGUCCCCCGCACCGACUGGCUGCUGGCCCCAGAAGAAGGAAGACGGAGAGGGGCGAGCAGAGCCACCCGGAGACGGCCCCAGCCUCCAGGAGCAGCGGCGCGGGGAGCCGCUUUGACCGCGCUGAAUCUCCGGACAAUGGGGGCGCGGCGGCUGCUGCUCGUCGCGGUGGGACUCAGUCUGUGCGGGCCCCUGCUGUCUGUCCGUACUCGGGCUCGCCGGCCAGACUCAAAAGCAGAAAUUGCUACUGCAGUACCCCGCUCAUUUCUUGUCAGGAGUUAUGUUGGUGAUUUUGAAAAAAUCUCACACGAGGAGUUUGAGGAGAAAAAUGAAACCAAGUUACAUGAAGACAGAUUAAUCUCCGUCAAUAAAAGUCAUCCUCUUCAGAAACCACCCUCUGUGUUCAUCUCAGAAGAAGCCUCAGGUUAUCUGACUAGCCCCUGGCUGACUGUCUUUAUCCCCGCCAUUUACACUGGUGUGUUUGUAGUGAGCCUUCCUCUGAACAUCAUGGCCAUCGUCGUGUUCAUCGUGAAAAUGAAGAUCAAGAAGCCGGCUCUGGUGUACAUGUUACAUCUGGCCAUGGCAGAUGUGCUGUUUGUGACUGUACUCCCCUUUAAGAUCAGCUAUUACUUUUCUGGAAGUGACUGGAAAUUUGGGUCUGAAAUGUGUCGCUUCGUCACAGCAGCGUUUUACGGUAACAUGUACGCCUCCAUCAUGCUCAUGACAGUCAUAAGCAUUGACCGCUUUCUGGCUGUGGUGUAUCCCAUGCAGUCCCUCUCCUGGCGCACCCUGGGGAGGGCUUCCUUCAUUUGUCUGGCCAUUUGGGCUGUGGCCAUCGGAGCGGUGAUGCCCCUUGUCCUCAAGGAGCAAACCACCCAGGUUCCGGGCCUCAACAUAACCACCUGUCAUGAUGCGCUCAAUCAAACCCUGCAUGACAGCUAUUACACAUAUUACUUCACAGCCUUCUCUGCUGUCUUCUUUUUUGUGCCGUUGAGCAUUUCCACAGUUUGUUAUGUGUCUAUCAUUCGAUGUCUUAGCUCUUCCAAAGUUGCCAACCGGAGCAAGAAGACCCGGGCUUUGUUCUUGUCAGCUGCUGUUUUCUGCGUCUUCAUCAUUUGCUUUGGACCCACGAAUGUCCUCCUGAUUGUGCACUACUCUCUCCUUUCUUAUAAUUCCUCAGUGGAGGCUUUCUACUUUGCCUACCUCCUCUGUGUCUGUGUCAGCAGCAUAAGCUGUUGCAUUGAUCCCAUGAUUUACUAUUAUGCUUCCUCUGACUGCCAGAGGUACCUCUGCAGUAUCUUAUGCUGCAAAGAAAGCUCUGAUCCCAGCAGUUACAACAGUAGCGGGCAGUUAAUGGCAAGUAAAAUGGAUACCUGCUCUACUAACUUGAAUAGCAGCAUAUACAAAAAGCUGUUAACUUAGGAAAGGGGACUGCUGUUAGGUUAAAAAGAAAAGAUGAAAGAAAAGCAGAUACCCUGAGGAUUCUAUCAGUCCCUGUAAAUAAGUGUUUACUUCGUCAUCUAAAACAACAAAUGUAUUAUUUGCAUGCCUCUUUCUUACAAGAGUGAUUGCGCAUAUAUGUUUGUUCACAGGAAAAGAUAACAGGAAUAGAAGACAGAGUUAUUCAGAGGGAGUUUUGCCAAUGCUACAGUAAUAGCUGAAUGUUACUUUUUUAUAUAUAUUUAGGUGAUACAUAUAAAUAUAUGCAGUACAGUAUAGAAUAGGCACUUUGAAAACCUCUUUUUCUCAGAGAAUAUGGGAAUAAUCUCUGAUUUAAUACGCAGAGUCUAGGUUGCUCAGGUUUAGUCCUGAACACCUGAAGAUGUUUAUCAGUAGUGACAGAUGUCAUAGUUGGGACUUAUACGGCUUUUGCAAAUAAGUAUAUUUUGAAAUUGUUCAACAGCAGUGUUUAAGUUAUUAAGAGAUAAGACAGUACUGUCUGUGUGUAGAAAAAGCUCUAGUGUUUUUUAUUUUAAACAUAUCGAAGUCUGAAUUCUGAAAAUUAUUACAACAGAUGAAAAACCCUCUUUUUGGCAUGCACAGCAUUUUUGAUGUUUUGCACGUUGUAUGUGUAAACCAAGAAUGAGCAUACGUCCACUUAGGGACCUUAGAUUGGCUUUCGGAGACACCCACCCUUGGGAGUUGCGCUUGUUCACCCUGCUCGGUCUGACGCAGGAUGCCAAGCAGCAGACACACACAGGGCCUUGUCAGGAACCCUCCAGCUGGAGAUGCUGGCAGUUUCAGCUCAGCGUCCCAGAGAGCAGAGCGCUGGGAACCACCACAUUCGCUCCACUCUCCAGGUGUUUCCCCCCAGGGUUGGCUGUGAACUCAACAUGUUUAUUAAAAAUUGGAAGUGAUAUCCUAGGAGGUGAUGAACAUGAAAGACUUCUCUACCUUUUUUCAGAACAAACAAAGAAGGAGCAUUCACUUCCAGUAGUUACCCUACAAAGGUCAGUUCUCACAUGGAAACACUAUGGCGCAAACAUGAGAAUUUAUAACAGCAUUUCUAACCCCACAAUGAGUAUCAAGUACACAAAAAUCCUCACUGAUAUGACAAAAUAAUUUGAAAAUUAGGUUGCAAUGUAUUUUUGUUUUCCUUACGAAAAAAAGGAGGCAUUUGUUAAACGAAAAAAAAGGAAAAUUGCGAAUGUUUACCUAUUUAAAAGAGCAAACUAUUUCCAAAUACCAUAGAAUAAUUUACAUCAAAGUAAUAUAACUGUACUAUAAGUUGAAACACUGAUUUUAUUAAUUUAGUUACUAUAUUCAUUUCAUCCGAAGCAGUGGAAUUUCAUUGUUAUUGUUUAUUCAGUCUAUACAUAUUAAAAUACCUCUGACUUAAUAUGACUAUUAUUACUGUACUAUCACUCUGUACUUAUAAAAUAUUAUGUCACUGUUUUUAUGUUCUCUCUUUUUUAAAUUUCUUGUAGCCUAUGUUAAUAAACUUGAAAGUUUGCUUCA